AUGGCGCCGGCGAAACCACAUCAAUUGUUGGAGAUCACCAUUAUGUCCGCCCAAGAUUUGCAGCCGGUUGCCAGAAAGAUGAAGACCUAUGCCACCACCUGGCUCCAUGACAACCAUAAGCUCUCCACUCGCAUCGACAACAAAGGUGGCAACAAUCCCACCUGGAACGAUAAGUUUGUGUUCCGGGUGGACGACGAGUUCCUCCGCUGCGAGGCAUCGACGUUGACCGUUGAGAUCUACUCCACCCAUUGGUUCCGUGACUCCUUAAUCGGGACCGUUCGGGUUCUCGUCGGCAAUCUUGUACCACCUUCUCAAUCGUUUAAACCCCCCUACAAUGGUGGCAUGCGAUGCGUGGCCCUCCAGGUCCGUCGCCCUUCCGGCCGUACGCAAGGGGUAUUAAACAUCGGAGUGGCGGUGCUCGAUAGCUCCAUGAGGAGCUUGCCUUUGUACCGGCAACUGAGCGCCUCGGCUGUCGGAUUUCGUGAUUUAAUGGGAAUGGAAGACGAUGAAUCCCAAUAUGAUCCCAAGGACCCAGUACCAUUUGUAAAGCCAAAAUUGUUCAGAUCAAAAAGCGAAAAAAGCUCAAUGCUCGAUGGUAGCUCCGUCGCAAACAGCUCGAUGGUAGCAGCUCCACUUAAGAUCCAAAAACAAGGAUCCAUGUUAAGUGAAUCGGAGCUCUGGGGAUCAUUAAUGGCCAAUGGUAAAAUUGGGAAAUCAAGCUCCGUUAUAAGCGGUGCAGAACCCCAAGAAAAAUCCAAAUCCAAACCCAAUGGAAAGCUAAAGAAGGCAAAUUCUGUCAUUAGCAGUUCCACUUCUAAUACAAACUACAUAUUCCGGCCACCACCAAAGCCGUAUUCUAUGUUAUCGGGAUCGGAGAUCGAACCUUCAUCAUCGGAAGCCAUGUCAACGAUGGAAAGAAGAUACCCAUUAGAAGACGACAUGAAUAGUUCCAUAUUGGACAGUUGGAGCUUAAAUGAAAGCGAGGAAGGAUUAAGGUCGAAACUUGAUAGAUGGAGAUCGCAACUUCCACCAUUAUACGAUAGGAGGUUCUCAUCGACCACCUCCAGCACAAUUAGCAGGCGUAAAAAAAGGCAUACUGAUGGGGGAGACAAUGGGGUAUUCUCAAUAUUUUGGAAUAUAUGUGGGUAUGAAUGCCAAUGUGUUUGCGGUCAACCAUCAUCGGCCAAGACCACCAAGGCCAAGCCCCGGAAUCCGCGACUUAGAAGCAGCUCAUCGAUCGAAAGUGGCAGCAAUCGCAGCAAUAGCAGCAUGUCCUUCUAG